AAAGAAGCAAGCUUGCUUCUAAUAUUGUGAAGAAUUUUGCAACGGUUUCGUUACUUGUCUAUCUCUUCCUUUUAAUUCUUUUGUUAACCAAAAAAAUCCUCGAAGUUGAAGUAUCCUUUAUUCCUUUCCUUUUGGAUUCCCAGAAAAAUAAAAGAGAAUGUGGCUUUUGUAUUUAUUUUCAAGUAAUUCUUCAAUGUGUUAAUUUCAAACGAUCGUGAGACAGAAAAAAAUUAGUUCACUUAGCUUCUGCAGAUUGCAGCGAUCAUUAAGGUAAUUGGAUUGCAGGCUUUAACGGCCAUAACUGUAUCUUCGAUUUUAAAACUAGCCGAAGCAGCGAUUCGUGAUUAUUCAACAAUCGCCUAGAAAUCUUCAUUCAUUUUCCAUUUCAAGCAAACCCAGACAAACAUGACAAGUUGAACUUCGAGACAUUUACUAAAUGUCGGUAAAGUUUUCCUCUCUUCUUCAAGAACUCACAAAGUCCCAUCAAACGCGAUCAAGAACCAAGCAGUUACAUGCUCUAAUCCUUAGAUCCCACCUCUCCCAUGAAUCUUUUUAUGCAACUAAGAUUCUAAGGUUCUAUGCUUUGAACGAUGAUCUUAUCUCUGCUUACAACCUGUUCGACAAAACUCCUCAACGGAGCAUUUUCCUAUGGAAUUCAAUGAUUCGAGCUUUUGCCAAAGCUCACAAAUUUGAUGAAGCUCUAUCGUUUUAUGCAAAAAUGCUACGAACAGAAACAAAACCUGAUAACUUCACUUAUGCUUGUCUUAUACGAGGGUGCCAUGAAAAUUUUGAUCUUGAUGGUUUGAGAAUUUUACAUGGAGGUUUAAUUGUUUCUGGGUUAGGUUUGGAUUCUGUUUCCUCUAGUGCAUUAGUGACAGCUUACUCAAAAUUCAGUCAUGUUAGUGAAGCAAGCAAGGUUUUUUCUGGGAUUUUUGAGCGGGAUUUGGUUCUAUGUAAUGCCAUGAUUUCUGGCUAUAGUUAUUGUGGAUUUUGGGGUAAAGGGUUACAGUUGUUUAAUGGAAUGAGAGAAAUAGGGAAGCAACAGCCAGAUGGGUUUACUUUGGUUGGGCUUAUCUCAGGUUUAAUGGAUUUUAGUCUGCUGGGAAUUGGCCAAGGAAUUCAUGGGCUCUGCUUGAAAAGUGGUUUUGAUUGCAAUGCCUAUGUAGGCAGUGCACUUGUAAACAUGUAUUCAAGAUUCAAGUGCAUGAAUUCAGCAUAUGGUGUUUUUAUCGGUUUAUAUCAGCCUGAUUUAGUUGCAUGGUCCGCUUUGAUAACCGGAUUUUUGCAGUGUGAAGAUUAUAAGAAAGCUCUUUUCUUCUAUAGGAAUUUGUCUGUGGCAGGUAAGAAGGCAGAUCCAAUUCUGAUUGCUAGUUUAUUGGUGGCUUCUGCUCAAUUAACAGAUGUGCGGCUUGGUACUGAGAUACAUGGUUAUGUUCUUCGACAUGGAUUGGAAUCUAAUAUCAUCGUUUCUUCUGCUCUUAUAGAUAUGUAUUUGAAGUGUGGUUUUGUGGGGUUAGGUAUUCUUGUUUUUGAGAAUAUGCGCAACAGAAAUAUUGUUUCCUACAAUUCAGUAAUUUCUGGUCUUGGCUUGCAUGGACUUGCUGCUCAGGCUUUUAAACUGUUUGAAGAGAUGCUAGAGAAAGGUUUGAAACCUGAUGAAUCCACAUUAUCUGGCCUCCUUUGUGCUUGUUGUCAUGCUGGCCUUGUUAAAGAUGGCCAGGAAAUUUUCAGAAGAAUGAUGGAUGAAUUUUGCAUCCCACCUAGAACGGAACAUUAUAUUCACAUUGUAAAGCUCCUAGGAAUGGCAGGGGAGUUGGAAGAGGCAUACAAUUUUGUUUUGUCCUUGAUGCAACCAGUGGAUUCUGGAAUUUGGGGAGCACUUCUAUCAUGCUGUGAUGUCCAUGGGAACACUGAGUUGGCGGAAAUUGUAUCCCAGCAACUCUUUGAUAAUGAGCCGAGAAAAGGUGCUUACAAAGUUAUGCUUUCUAACAUUUAUGCCAGUGAUGGGAGAUGGGAUGAUGUAAAGAGAACAAGAGAUAAUAUAGUAAAUGUUGGAGCAAGGAAAAUGCCUGGUCUUAGUUGGAUUGGAGGUGGAUGCAAUUAAUAAUGAAAUGAUAAAGAAAUAUCUCAAAUCCCCUUCAUAUCAGAUACGUACUGGAAGCUUGUCCAGAAGUAAAGCUUUUACUCUUCAUAAAUUCAGGAUUGAUCAUUUUUAUCCUUGGAUACCUUUUCGUGUCUCUCACAUCUAUCUUACUUCCACUGCUCCAGUUAUUAUCCAUUAUAAAGGCCACAGACCUUCAGCUACCAACCACCGGAUCAAUCUACCCUUGUGUAUCCAGUAAUUCUCAGGAAAUAUACAACAAUACAUCAAACAAGAUUGAAGGUAAUAAGACGGUUUCAGCGAUUUGAAAUUCUAUCUUCUGCAGUUCGUGUCUGAAACAUUCGGUCAACGCCAGCCUAUCAGCCCCAAUUUUUUUAGCCAUCUGAAUCAUGAACUCAUCAAUAUGGUCAUCCAU